AUGUCUGGCUUCGAAUCUCUCAAUUCCUUUGAGGUUGGAGAGUUUUUGGUUCUUAAGAUGAUCUUGGCACAUGAGGAAGAUGGGGAGCCUGACCUGGACAUCGUGCCCAGGAACUGGGUACCUUGCUGCAGCCUGUGGCGAGCUUCGCAUGUUUACCAAGAAAGACACCCGGUGCGAUGGAGCGAGCCAUAUCAUCAUCCUGCUGAAGUUCGCUUGGCAGCGCAGCAGCUGAAGGUCUCAGAGGAGAAGGCCUUCACCGUGCUCUCAGGCAAGCUGCCGGCAGGAUGGAUGGCCUGCUGCACUGAAUCGGGAGAAGCCUACUACCACCAUCCCGGCUUGGGCACUUCGCAGUGGUCCCAUCCUGGUAUGGGCUUUCGGACCCCCGAGCUCAAGGAGAUGGAGGCCUUCGCCAGUUCUUUGCUUCAAAAGGAGUCACCCGAUCCUGCCAAGGAGACUGUGGCAGCGCCAGAAACGAAGCCCCACUCUGUGUAUGAUGCGCUAAGCCGGCAUGUCCACCUGGACACUCCACAGUCGCUCUUCUCAGAUGCCGCGGUGGACGUGAAGAGGGAGGAUCUCGUGGGCAGAGCCUUCGCUUUGCAUGGCUUGCUGUCGCCGACGGAGGCGGCAUCCUAUACCCAGAGUGCCCAGCGAGUGGGCUUUCGGCAGAGCGACGUGGCACGUGAAUUCACGCCGCAGUUGCGCAACAACGCGCGGCUGGUGCAUUUCAGCGAGGGCCUGGCUUCUGCUUUGUAUCGCCGCUUGUUACCCCAUUUGCGCCAUCGCGAUCUCUUCCUCCUGCAGCCCAUGGGCUUCGGCGCCGAGGGUCGCUGGAAGCCUUCCGGUGUGAACCACUGCUUCCGCGUCAGCCGCUACCAGCCCGGAGAGCACUUUGCUCGCCACUGCGAUGGGAUGUACACCAAUGAUGAUGGUGAGUGCAGCAUCUACUCGUUGGUGAUCUACCUGAAUGAUGAUUAUGAAGGUGGCUGGCUCGAGUUCACCGAUGCCCACCGUAGCUGGAAGCCGUCCGCGGGCAGCGCCGUGCUUUUCCCGCACGACAUGCCCCAUGCGGCCACGGAGGUCAAUGUUGGAACGAAGUACGUCGCUCGGACCGAGCUCAUGUUCCGCUGCAUCGAGCGCCAGCGGCCACCCCAAGUGCCCCGCUGGUCCCAGGACCCCAUGUUCGAGCGCAUGGCGCAGCUCUACGAGCACAUCGGCGACCUGGUCCUGCAGGGCGACGUGCGGAAGACCACCGAGGCCUACCAAGAGGCGCUGGGCAUUCAGAUUGCUCAUCAGGGAACCGAAGUGGAGGACCCGCGCUUGAGCUCUCAAGCUCUCUUUUUGGAGGAUAAGACCUGGGAAGCGAUUCUCAGCUUUCUGGAGCCACCGGAGGUCUUGCAAACGUCGCCCGUGUCAGCCAAGUGGUGCGCCAUCUCCUCUGCUGGUAUGCUUUGGCAUGAGUUCUUCAAGCAGAGAUGGCCUGCGGCCAACGAGGUCAUCGAAGGCGAGGCGUAUGGCCAUGAUGCGGAGCUGAAGGAUUGGUUGGGCCUAUAUCGCCGCGAGCAGUUGCUGAGCUCGGCUGCAGCACCCUUUGCAGUGAUCUUCCCUUCCACCUGUAUCCACUGCUAUGACUCGACGAGUGGCGAACAGCGUCGGCCGAUGCCAGCAGUGGUAGGGCAGCACGAGACAGGAGUUGGAUGGGACUGCUCCUUCAAGCAACGCUUGGGGUGGACGGUGGGCAGAGCCUCCUACGCCUACUCAAAUCGGACGAACACCACGUGGUACAAGGAUGGCACAGCAGACUUUAGCACGUUACCCGAGCUCUUCAACUGGGCGUUUGGCCAUUUCCAGCUGCGCCCGACCGAGCAGCACCUAAUCGUUCCGACCCUGCCGGGGCUCUUCACUCGAAGUGCCCAAGAUCGAUUGGCAAAGAUCCUUUAUGGCCGCUUCCAAGUGCCCCGCCUCGAUUUCAUCCCGGCGCCCUUGUGUGCAUUGGCAGCCCAUGGUCUCCAGACAGGAGCUGUGGUGUGGGGAUGCGCCGCUGGCACCUCUGCCAUUUUCUGCUUCCAUGAGCGGGAGCUCGUGGGGGACUUCGGACCGUUGAACUUCGAAGCCGAGACCGGGGCAGAGGUGGUGGAAGAGAUCUUGAAGGCUCAGAAGCAGCUGAAAGCCGAAGUAGCACGCGAGGUGCUAGAGCAUGUGGUCCUUUCCUGCCAGCCUGCUGUGAAACAAGCUCUUCAAGAGACGCGGACGCGCGGCAUCUACGGGGCCCCGGCCCGACCCGAGGCCGAUCUGGAGCUGAAAGACUGGGCCGACACCGAGGAGCUGGGCGAGCUCUUGAAACGCCAGGGCCUCGCGCCCCAGAUCCACGGCCCAGUGCCUGACGAUGUCCUCUUGGGUGCAAUCCGCCUACGCGCCGCACGCGCGCUCAGCUGCGCGGCAGUGGCCCCGCAGCUGCCGCAGAGCUGGGAAUGGCGGGUUUGCGUGGAAGGAGAAUGGCUUGAACUGCCUGCCUAUAUCUCAGCGGUCUUCGAAGGCGCCCUUCGCAGUCGCCAGGAGGUCGCCGCCGUGCAGCUCACGGGUCGCUUCGGGUGGUACUUGGUGGCGAAUCUCCAGGAGUUCCAGGUGGCUUUAGGACAGCCGAUCAGCCGCGUCAACUUUGGCGGGAUCAAGAAGUUGGAGCACGUGGAAGCCUUAGGCGCGAAACUGGGAACUAGUUCGAGGUUCCAGCGAGCAGCUCGACUUCGGGAAGUUCACAAGAAAGCUGCUGCUGCAAAAUCCAAAGUCGACAACCUCACUUCCUUUUUUGGCAAGAGUGAGCAUGUGGAUGAUGAUGAAGGACCCUUCUGUAUUUUUUCCGAUGACAGCUUGUACGUCUAA